AUGGUUCAGUCACCUAUGUUGUCAUGUCCGCUGAAGCAGACCAACGAGAUCGAUUGGAUCCAGCCUCUCAAGGAUUACAUCCGUCAGACCUAUGGCGAGGACCCGGAGCGAUACAGCCAGGAAUGCGUCACCCUCAACAGGCUGCGCCAGGAUAUGCGAGGCGCAGGAAAGGAUAGUGCUACCGGUCGCGACCUGUUAUAUCGGUACUACGGUCAGCUGGAGCUACUGGACCUCAGAUUCCCCGUCGAUGAGAACCAUAUCAAGAUUUCUUUUACAUGGUACGACGCGUUCACCCAGAAGCCUACGGCUCAAUACUCGCUAGCCUACGAAAAGGCAUCUAUCAUCUUCAACAUAUCCGCCGUCCUUUCUUGCCAUGCCGCAAACCAGAACCGGGCCGACGACACGGGCGUCAAAACGGCGUACCACUCCUUCCAGGCAUCGGCUGGAAUGUUUACGUAUAUCAAUGAGAACUUCUUGCAUGCGCCAUCAACCGACCUGAACCGAGACACCGUCAAGACCCUGAUCCAUGUGACAUUAGCUCAAGCUCAAGAAGUGUUCUUCGAAAAGCAAGUGGCGGAUCAGAAGAAGCAUGGAUUUGUGGCCAAAUUGGCUGCCCAGUCAGCAUAUCUCUACUCCCAAGGAGCUGAGACGAUGCAAGAUUUCGUCGGCAAGAAUGUGUUUGACAAAGUCUGGACGACUGUUGUGCAGGCUAAAGCAGCCCACAUGGGAUCGGCGGCAUCGUAUCAUCAGGCGAUUGCAGAUGGUGAUGCCGGAUCGCAUGGUAUUGCGAUUGCGCGCCUACAGAUGGCCGAAAAGCAGGCAGCGACUGCUUUGAGCUGGGCGAAAUCAUUCCCUACAACGGCACCAGCGACUUCCAAUAUGACAGCCGAGUCCGGAACUGCCCUGUUGGAUCUCAUCAAACACAAUCAGACCAAUGUAGAAGCUCAGCUUGCUACCAUGGUCAAGGAUAAUGAUUUCAUCUAUCACCAGCCGGUCCCCAAUGAAGCUGCACUCGCAGCCGUUUCCAAACUCCCUGCGGCCAAAGCGAUUCCGGUAAGCGAGCUAUACCAGGGACAAGAUAUCCAGCGCAUCAUCGGACCAGAUAUCUUCCAAAAACUCGUACCCAUGUCUGUCACUGAAACGGCCAGUCUGUACGACGAAGAAAAGGCCAAAUUGAUCCGUGCAGAGACCGAAAAGGUUGAGACUGCCAAUGGCGAAAUGGCGGCUAGCUUGGACUAUCUGAAAUUGCCCGGCAGUCUCAACAUCUUGAAAGGUGGUAUGAACCAAGAGAUGUCUGUCGAUGAAGACUUCCGUCACUGGUGUUCAGAGCUCGCCGGUCAUAAGCCAUUCCACGGGGUGUUUGAUGACCUGCAAGACCGCAAAUCCCAAGUGCUGUCCCAGUUGGACCAGUGCUCGAAGCAGCUUGAUUUAGAAGAAAGCGUGUGUGAGAAAAUGAGGUCCAAGUAUGGAGCGGACUGGAAUCAGCAGCCCAGCUCUCGACUCAAUACUACCCUCCGGGGUGACGUGCGCUCCUAUCGCGACACUGUGAAUGAGGCUAGUAUGAGUGAUGCUCAACUCUCUUCUACCCUCCGACAGCACGAAGACGACUUCGAUGAAAUGAGAUCUGCUUGGGAAACCGAUGAAGCCGACGUGCUUUUCCAGCGAGCCUUGAUCACAGCCGGUUCAAAACAGAGCAAAGGCAAGAACGGCGUUUCCAGUCCUGCGGAGGGUAGCCUUCUGGAUGACGUUUAUGAUGAAGGGGGUGCCUCUGUCGCAGACCAAAUUGCCAGAGUGGAAGAGAUACUGAAGAAGUUGAAUCUUGUAAAGCGAGAGAGAUCUCAAGUUCUGAAGGAUCUCAAGGAUAAAGUUCACAACGAUGACAUCUCUAAUGUCUUGAUCUUGAACAAGAAGUCCAUCACUGGCCAGGAAUCACAGCUCUUCGAUGUGGAGCUGGAAAAGUUCCGACCUCAUCAAAACAGACUUCUACAGGCAGCUCAUAAACAGCAGUCUUUGAUGAAAGAGCUCACCAAAAUUUACGGUGAUCUCCUGCAGGAUAAGAGAGUUCAAUCCGAGCAGUCAAAGUACGAGUCCAUCACACGCCAGCGCAACUCCGUGAUUGCUCGAUACAAGAAGGUUUUCGAGGCGUUCAGUGGCCUUACUUCGGGAAUUUCCCAAGCUCGAACCUUCUACAAGGAUAUGGGCGAGAACGUCGAUAGUCUUCGCAAGAAUGUCGAAACCUUCAUCAGCAACCGGCGGUCAGAAGGCGCGCAGCUCCUCAGCCAGAUCGAGCGCGACAAGGCCAGCGGAGUCCCUGAGCAAGAGGAUCGCGAGCGAGAGAAGCUCCGCCAACUGAUGGAGCGCCUCUCCACUGAACCAAAAAGUUCCUCAACCUCUCCUUCCACCGUCUCGGGAGGUGCUCCCUCGAAGGUCAGGUCGCCGCCUCCACCUGUCCAGGCGCCGGCAUAUGGAACCACCGGUCCAUCUCCACAGAUGUCCCCUCGGUACCCUCCACCCAUGCCAGGGCAUGGCGUGCCCCUCUCCUCGCACUCACCCACGCCCUACGGUCAGUACAUGGGGGCCCCUUACCCACCAGUCCCGCAUUUCCAACAAGGUGCCGCGGCUCCUCUUUCUGAUGGCUACAAUCCCAUGGCCUAUCCCUACCAGACACCGGUAUCCCCGCCACCAAACCAGCAAUACUUCUCCCAGGCCCCAAACCCGUACGCCGGCUACUCAAAUUCCAACACACCCGUUCCGGGCGGUGCACCUCCCUCUCAUUACGCAGCCCCUCAGGGCUACAUUCCGCCCCCCACCGCCCCCGCGCCCACAGCAGACUAA